AUGGCAGCUCCUGCGAGCGUGAGGGUCUCAGGGCCCCCAAAUAGUAGCUUUCUCGUGGGCUAUCCCGGUAUUUCGGCGACUCUGCCGCGCAUCGAAGGGAAAGUCGAAAUUCGCCCUGGCCAGGGCUUUUCCAUGCCUGUGCCGGUCUCCCUCGUUCGAAUAUGUCUACAGCGCCGAGAAACGAUACAUCCUGAUGCCGACAGCAUUGCGAAACGACAUUUAGGCGCUCCUCGCCGCGAAACGACGGACCUAGUCGGCAAAGAGCAGCUUCUCUUUCGAUGCUCGUCUGGGAAAGAAGCCGAGAGGAUUAUCGCUAUGGAUUUACCUUUCGUUCUCUUUAUACCUUAUGGCCGUGGUGGCGAGGAGUCAAAUCGACGGAUUCCCCCUGCGUCCCUUCAACUGCCUAGUCGGACCGCCGAAACAUACUACGAGCUCGUCGUCACAGUCCAACAAGGUCACAGCAAUCAGUACAAAUAUACUUUCCCGAUACCGUUACAACGCUACGAUACCCUUUCGACGUUUGGCAUGUAUAACAAACCCGAAUCCAAGCUAGUCACCAACGACAACAUUGUACACCUCGGCAUCAAUCUACCACGAUGGAGCUAUGGGCCCAGCGACCCUAUUACAGUAUAUAUCAAACUAUCACCCAACCUUGACUGGCUAAGUAAAGCCAAGCGCGUGACAAUUGACAAGAUCACUUUGACUGUGGAGGAGGAGAUCACAUAUAAUCCCGAAGGCGAUGAACCUUCGAAGAAAAUCAACAAGAUCUCAAGACAAGUGCAAGUGGUUAAGACGAAAAUGCCAGAGGCCGGAUACGCUACCAACGUCGGACUGGUGUUCCCUUCCAAAGAUUUACGGGAUCCCGAUGGUGUUGUCAAGCGAGGCAAACCUCAAUUCCCUCUUUACGAAGUUACGUCUUUUACUACAACUUCAACGCUCUACAAAAUCGAAUUCUACUUGGUCAUCAAGGUUAAUCUCAGUGGUGCUCGAGAUGUCACGAUACGCCAGCCAAUUGUUAUCUGUCCACUUGAUCAACAAGCCUGUAAGGAGGAAAUGGAUGCCAUUGAACAAGCUGCAAAGGAUGCCUCACAUGUCGACCCCAACAACCCAAUGCUCCCGGCGCCGACUGUUAUCCUCGCUAACGACCGCGAUUCAUUACGAGCAUUAGGGCUCUGUAUGGUGGGAGGACAGAAGAAACCAUUCAUCGAGUGA